AGAUGACAGUCUAGUGUCAAAAAUUUUGUUAAUGACAAGAUCAGAUAUGAAAAAUCACACCUCUUAGGCUUUGUGCAUUAGACAGAAGGCCAUUGGUCAAAAUGCAAAUACUAAGACCGUUUCUGCUCUGUUCAUUAAUUCUCAUCAGAGAAAGCUUCAUGCUAGGAAGAAAACCCAUCUCUUUGUAGCUGCGCUGUGGGGCUCUCAGGAGUGUUGGAAGUAUCUACGAUGAAGAGGAAAAGUUCAAGGAAUGGAAGCAAAGACUUCAAGACAACUUAACUGAGGAUUCUGAAGAAGAGAGUGUGCUAUGAACCAAUUAGAUAUAUCAUUAACCUGAACAAAGACUGCUUGAUUGAGAAAAUUACUUUCCUGUGUUAAUGCCUGUUCAAACAUGCUGUACCCCCAUGUUUUUUAUAAUGUUCUUUCCCUCAUGUUUAACUACUGUUUUCCCAUUCUUUGGAUUCUGCCGCAGUGUAGAAUCCCCAUAUUUGGUCAUGUCCUUCCCUCAUUCCCCUACUUGGGUAGAACUCCUCUCAUGCUCUCUCUUUUAAGGCUUGUACCCUCCUUCCCUUCCCUUAUUUGUGAAGUCUCUGCCCCCAGUUCCAGAACCUUCCUUUCCCCCCUAUAAAUAGGGGGAGCCAUUUUGAAUAAACUCAGACCUACAAUCCUCCUCGAACUGUGUAGGUUGUCGCGUCAUCCAUUUCAAACUGCGUCGCAGGAGAGGAGGAAGAGCAGAGACUCUGGCUGCAGGAUCACUGGCAAGGCAUGUUGGGGAGCUCACAGCAAGCUGGAUGGUGCAAGAAACCCCCAUUACCCACAAAAGCAAGAGGUACUUUUUUGCAAGUUGUCUGCAAGGCCACUUACACCAUUGUCCUUCUCAACAUCACUACGAUCAGAGGCACUACAGGGAACAACGAAGUGUCAGUGACCGUAGGUGACAGCUCAGUGCUCGCCUGCCCUCUCAAGCCAAAUAUAAAUAUGCUAACAUGGAAAAUAUAUCCCAAGGCUGGAGGAUCCUGCAACUUGGGCUACAGGGCAGAUACGAACACAACAGACAGAACAAACUGCAGUGACAGCAUGAACUGGAAAUUCAGACCAGAUCUGGGUCCUGUGCUUGAGAUACAGCAAGUGGGGAUAGCCCAGGAGGGAAACUACAUUUGUGAAAUUGUAACACCAGAAGGGAAUUUCCACAGGACAUACCACCUGACUGUGCUGGUGCCCCCAAGGCUGAGCCUCUUCUGUGAUGAGCACAGGAAGCCCGUGUGCGAGGCAGCGGCAGGGAAGCCGCCUGCUCAGGUCUCGUGGCUCCUAGAGAGCAACUCCUCCCUUGAGGAAGAAAGCCACAACAACGGGACAGUGACUGUUCUCAGCAGGUUGACAGCAUGUGACACCAAGAUGACUGACACAACCUGCAUGGUGUUCCACCCAGCUGGGAGCUGGAGUGAGUCCAUAGCCUGUUGUCCCUCAGAGAUUGGAAGCUUUCUUCACUGUGUCAUCAGCCUUAUGAGCCUCCUGGGCCUCUUCUUCCUGCAGGCUGUUUUUCAUCUCUACACCUUCUGUGGUAGCAGGUACAUAUGGAGCAUGGCAAUCUCUGGUCAUGCUCAUGUGAGAUCACAGAUAUAAAGCCUUAUGGUAUUUUGUUUCUCUACCGAAUAAAGGGGGGGAAUUCUGUUUUUAAACUCCUAGAAACCAAAAGUGCAUUUCCACAACAGCUUCUUCCUCCCACUUAAGAGUAUUGUCUUGUUUCCUAGGACAAUGAGAAACUAGUACCAAGCACAGCAGCUUCCGUCUGCAGAAGUGUCUCAGCACUUAGCAGAGAUAAAAGGAAGUCCCAAUAUGUCUCAGCAAUGUGGCAUGCAGCAAGAACCCACCGGUACCAAAUUGUUCAGGAGAAGGAAGCAAACAUCUACAAUGCAGCCACAUGUGACUGUGCAGAAACAUGGCUGUAAUCGCUCAUGCAAGUUUCGCUCUUUUUUUAGAAGACCAAGUCUAACACAUAUGCAAUUGGAAAUUAAUUCAUAAUGUAUAAACUGAGGUCAUUCAAUUUCAAAUACUUUGUAUCCUAGUAUUUAAGUAGCAUUUCUUACAGAAUAAAAUAAAUCAAGAAGAAAUUGUCUUGUGUAAUGAGCAGCAACCUUCCCAGAAUGGUCACACAGGACUGAAGGUAAAGUUGAGCAACUCUCACUUUUGCUGUAAGAAUUUUGAAGUGUCUCACAGAGAGAGAGAAUAAUUGAGCUUUGGCAUUUAUUGCUACAUGAAGCACAGAAAUUAUUACAGUCCUGAGAUCUGUGUCACACUAAUUUACCUCUUUGCAUAAUCCAGAGAACUGCAUCCCACAGAGAACAAGGUCUCUAAUGUUAAUUUCUUGAAACACAUCUUACUGGUACU